GCCCGCCGCGCCGGGAGCCCGGCCCGCCGCUGAGCCUGGCCCGCCGGCGCGCCCCGUCCGGGAUGGGGCGCCUGGACGCCUGAGCCGCCGCUCGGCGCGACCUCCGCGCGGGGGAAGGAGCCGGCGCUGCGCGGCCGCGCGAGAAUGGAGGCGCCCAGCGGCAGCGAGCCCGGCGGCGACAGGGCCGGGGACGGCGCCCACCCGGACCCGCGGACCCCUGGCGCCGCGGCGCCCAGCUCCGGCCAGUGCGCGGCAGCCCGGGAGUCCGAGCGCCAGCUGCGCCUCCGCCUCUGCGUCCUCAACGAGAUCUUGGGCACUGAGAGGGACUACGUGGGCACCUUGCGCUUCUUGCAGUCGGCAUUCCUGCAGCGCAUCCGGCAGAACGUCACCGACUCGGUGGAGAAGGGCCUCACGGAGGAGAAUGUCAAGAUCCUGUUCUCGAACAUCGAAGACAUCCUGGAAGUUCAUAAGGAUUUCUUGGCCGCCUUAGAGUACUGUUUACACCCAGAGCCUCAGUCUCAGCAUGAACUUGGGAAUGUUUUCUUGAAAUUCAAGGACAAGUUCUACGUGUAUGAGGAGUAUUGCAGCAACCAUGAGAAGGCCCUGCGGCUGCUGGUGGAGCUGAACAAGAUCCCCACUGUGCGUGCCUUCCUUUUGAGCUGCAUGCUUCUGGGAGGCCGGAAGACCACGGACAUCCCUUUGGAGGGUUACCUAUUGUCUCCGAUCCAGAGGAUCUGCAAGUACCCGCUCCUCCUUAAGGAGCUGGCCAAGAGGACUCCUGGCAAGCACCCAGACCACCCCGCGGUCCAGAGUGCCCUGCAGGCCAUGAAGACCGUUUGCUCCAACAUCAAUGAGACCAAGCGGCAGAUGGAGAAGCUGGAAGCUCUGGAGCAGCUGCAGUCCCACAUCGAAGGCUGGGAGGGCUCCAACCUCACAGACAUCUGCACCCAGCUCCUCCUGCAGGGGACUUUGUUAAAGAUCUCCGCGGGCAACAUCCAGGAGAGGGCCUUCUUCCUCUUUGACAACCUUCUUGUCUACUGCAAGCGGAAAUCCAGGGUCACUGGGAGCAAGAAGUCCACCAAGAGGACCAAAUCCAUCAAUGGCUCCCUCUACAUCUUCAGGGGUCGAAUCAACACUGAAGUCAUGGAGGUGGAGAACGUGGAAGAUGGGACAGCGGAUUACCACAGCAAUGGCUAUACCGUCACCAACGGCUGGAAGAUCCACAACACAGCCAAGAACAAGUGGUUCGUCUGCAUGGCCAAGACGGCGGAGGAGAAGCAGAAGUGGCUGGAUGCCAUCAUCCGCGAGCGGGAGCAGCGCGAGAGCCUGAAGCUGGGCAUGGAGCGUGAUGCCUACGUCAUGAUUGCGGAGAAGGGGGAGAAGCUGUACCACAUGAUGAUGAACAAGAAGGUGAACCUCAUCAAGGACCGCCGGAGAAAGCUGAGCACUGUCCCCAAGUGCUUUCUUGGCAAUGAGUUCGUUGCCUGGCUCCUAGAAAUUGGUGAAAUCAGCAAGACGGAAGAAGGAGUCAACUUGGGCCAAGCCCUGUUGGAGAAUGGUAUCAUCCACCAUGUUUCCGACAAGCACCAGUUCAAGAAUGAGCAGGUGAUGUAUCGUUUCCGCUACGACGAUGGCACCUACAAGGCCCGAAGUGAGCUGGAGGACAUCAUGUCCAAGGGUGUGAGGCUUUACUGCCGUCUUCACAGCCUCUACACCCCGGUGAUCAAAGACCGUGAUUACCACCUGAAGACCUACAAGUCAGUGCUUCCUGGGAGCAAGCUGGUGGACUGGCUGCUGGCUCAGGGAGACUGCCAGACUCGGGAGGAGGCAGUGGCGCUCGGCGUGGGUCUCUGCAACAACGGCUUCAUGCACCACGUGCUGGAGAAGACUGAGUUCAGGGAUGAGUCCCAGUACUUUCGCUUCCACGCUGAUGAAGAGAUGGAGGGGACCAGCAGCAAGAACAAACAACUUCGCAAUGACUUCAAGCUGGUGGAGAACAUUCUGGCCAAGCGCCUGCUGAUCCUGCCCCAGGAGGAGGACUACGGCUUCGACAUUGAGGAGAAGAACAAGGCCGUGGUGGUGAAGUCCGUCCAGAGGGGCUCCCUGGCCGAGAUGGCCGGCCUGCAGGUUGGGAGGAAGAUCUACUCCAUCAAUGAGGACCUGGUGUUUCUGCGCCCCUUUUCGGAGGUGGAGUCCAUCCUCAACCAGUCCUUCUGCUCCCGCCGCCCUCUGCGCCUCCUGGUGGCCACCAAGGCCAAAGAGAUCCUCAAAAUCCCCGACCAGCCAGACACACUGUGCUUCCAGAUUCGGGGAGCUGCCCCGCCCUACGUCUAUGCAGUGGGGAGAGGCUCCGAGGCCAUGGCUGCCGGGCUGUGCCCUGGUCAGUGCGUUCUGAAGGUCAAUGGCAGCAGUGUGAUGAAUGAUGCUGCACCUGAGGUUUUGGAGCACUUCCAGGCAUUCCGGAGUCGGCGGGAAGAGGCCCUGGGCCUGUACCAGUGGAUCUACCAUACCCACGAGGAUGCCCAGGAAGCGCGAGCCAGCCAGGAGGUCCCCAGUGAGGACCCCAGUGGCGAGCAGGCCCAGGAGGAAGACCAGGCUGAUUCAGCCUUCCCGCUGCUGUCCCUGGGUCCCCGUCUGAGCCUGUGUGAGGACAGCCCUGUGGUCAGCCUGACUGUGGACAACGUGCAUCUGGAACAUGGUGUGGUGUAUGAGUACGUGAGCACAGCGGGCGUCAGGUGCCACGUGCUGGAGAAGAUUGUGGAGCCCCGUGGCUGCUUCGGCCUCACCGCCAAGGUCCUGGAGGCCCUUGCUGCUGACGACAGCGUCUUUGUGGAGAACUGCGGGCGGCUCAUGGCCCUGAGCAGCGCCAUGGUGACCAUGCCUCACUUUGAGUUCCGCAACAUCUGCGACACCAAGCUGGAGAGCAUUGGCCAGAGGAUCGCCUGCUACCAGGAGUUUGCAGCCCAGCUGAAGAGCAGGGUCAGCCCGCCCUUCAAACAAGCCCCCCUGGAGCCCCACCCGCUGUGUGGCCUGGACUUCUGCCCUACCAAUUGCCACAUCAACCUCAUGGAAGUGUCCUACCCCAAGACCACCCCCUCAGUGGGCAGGUCCUUCAGCAUCCGCUUUGGACGCAAACCCUCCCUCAUCGGCCUUGAUCCGGAGCAAGGCCACCUGAACCCCAUGUCCUACACCCAGCACUGCGUCACCACCAUGGCUGCCCCCUCCUGGAAGUGCUUGCCUGUUGCAGAGAGUGAUCCCCAAGGCCAGGGUCUCCAUGACAGCAGCUUCAUUGGCCAGGAAGACCGGGGCCUGAGCUUCCUGCUCAAGCAGGAGGACCGUGAGAUCCAGGAUGCCUACCUGCAGCUCUUCACCAAGCUGGAUGUGGCCCUGAAGGAGAUGAAGCAGUACGUCACCCAGAUCAACAGGCUGCUGUCCACCAUCACAGAGCCCACCUCGGGAGGGUCCUGUGACCCAUCCUUGGCUGAGGAGGCCUCCUCCCUGCCCCUGGUCAGUGAAGAGAGCGAGAUGGACAGGAGUGACCAUGGCGGCAUCAAGAAGGUGUGCUUCAAGGUGGCCGAGGAGGACCAGGAGGACUCAGGCCAUGACACCAUGAGUUACCGCGACUCCUACAGUGAGUGUAACAGCAAUCGGGACUCGGUCCUGUCCUACACCAGCGUGAGAAGUAACAGCUCCUACCUGGGCAGCGACGAGAUGGGGUCUGGAGAUGAGCUGCCUUGCGACAUGCGGAUCCCAUCUGACAAGCAGGACAAGCUUCAUGGCUGCCUGGAGCACCUCUUUAACCAGGUGGACUCCAUCAAUGCUCUCCUCAAGGGGCCAGUCAUGAGCCGGGCUUUCGAGGAGACCAAACAUUUCCCCAUGAACCACAGCUUACAAGAGUUUAAACAGAAAGAAGAGUGUACAAUCCGUGGCCGGAGCCUGAUCCAGAUCAGCAUCCAGGAGGACCCCUGGAACCUCCCCAACUCCAUCAAGACCCUGGUGGACAACAUUCAGAGAUACGUGGAAGAUGGGAAGAACCAGCUGCUCCUGGCCUUGCUGAAGUGCACAGACACCGAGCUGCAGCUGCGCAGAGACGCGAUCUUCUGCCAGGCCCUGGUGGGCGCGGUGUGCACCUUCUCCGAGCAGCUGUUGGCAGCCCUGGGCUACCGCUACAACAACAACGGGGAAUACGAGGAGAGCAGCCGCGACGCCAGCCGCAAGUGGCUGGAGCAGGUGGCGGCCACGGGCGUGCUGCUGCACUGCCAGUCCCUGCUCUCACCGACCGCAGUGAAGGAGGAACGGACCAUGCUGGAGGACAUCUGGGUGACCCUGUCAGAGCUCGACAAUGUCACCUUCUCCUUUAAGCAACUGGACGAGAACUAUGUGGCCAACACAAAUGUCUUCUACCACAUCGAGGGCAGCCGGCAGGCGCUGAGGGUCGUCUUCUACCUCGACAGCUACCACUUCUCCAAGCUGCCCUCCCGCCUGGAGGGUGGGGGCAGCCUGAGGCUGCACACCGUGCUGUUCACAAAAGCGCUGGAGAACGUGGAGGGGCUGCCUUCUCCAGGCAGCCAGGUCGCGGAUGAUCUGCAGCAGGAGAUCAAUGUGCAGUCCCUGGAGAAGGUCCAGCAGUAUUACCGCAAACUCAGGGCGUUUUACCUGGAGCGGUCUAACCUGCCCACGGAUGCCAGCACCACGGCAGUGAAGAUAGACCAGCUGAUCCGCCCCAUUAAUGCCCUGGACGAGCUCUGCCGCCUCAUGAAGUCCUUUGUCCACCCCAAGCCUGGUGCCGCUGGGAGUGUGGGCGCCGGUCUCAUCCCCAUCUCCUCAGAGCUCUGCUACCGCCUGGGGGCCUGCCAGAUGGUCAUGUGUGGCACGGGCAUGCAGAGGAGCACCCUAAGCGUGUCUCUGGAGCAGGCGGCCAUCCUGGCGCGGAGCCACGGGCUGCUGCCCAAGUGCAUCAUGCAGGCCACGGACAUCAUGCGGAAGCAGGGCCCGAGGGUGGAGAUCCUGGCCAAAAACCUGCGAGUCAAGGACCAGAUGCCCCAGGGUGCUCCGCGCUUCCAGGUUCACCCUAACCCCGUACUAACCUGCUUGGUGGACUUGGAAAAGACUCGGCUCUGUCAGGAAAGGAGAGAUGGGGCCCCCAUCACGCUUGUUCCUAGAGGGUGCCGAGAGCCACAGCGGCUCUGGACCUCACCGCCCCUGGAACUGGAGCCGCCAGCCUGGGGCACGAGAUUUGCUCUGACCUUAUUUAUAUGGCGUGAACUCUCUGAUUUAUUUUGGGAUUUUUUUUUUUUGUUGGUGUUGUCAAGAUUUGUUUUUUUCUAAAGUUGUGUGAUAAUAGACAUUUUAAAUUUCAAAGAAAGGUAUAUUGUCUAACAGGGGACCAACAAGAGGUAGUAUUGACAGCUUUCCCACUUAUACUAAAAAAAAAAGCAAAAAGGAAAAACUAAAUUAUUGAAACAUUUAAAAAUGUCAGCGUUUCCUGUGUGUUCCUAUUAGGGUGUAAGGUGUCGUUUUCAGGUAUGGACUCUGAUUCCUUCCUCCAUCUCAGUUCUCCAGCUGUUGCUCGGUGUUAGAACUCGCUCUUUGAGUGACUGACUACAGGGGCCUGGGAGGCGGCCGGCCAGGAAUGGAGCCGGAGGUGACUGAGCCGUACCUGAGGCCCCAUGUCACACAGGUAGAAAGGCCACUGGGAAAUAGCAGCUGGUGGCUUCUGUAAUUUACUUUCUUGAUGUUAGCUUCUCAGAGCAGGGCAAUUGGGACGACUCCAUCUGCCAGAAAGCAGGGAGCCACUCUGCCCGCCUGGGAGGAGGGACCCACCUGGGGCCCUCUUGGCAGCUCUCCCCCCAGCUUCCGUAUGCCUUCAGGGAUAGGUCACAGGUGGGGAGGAAAGGAGGGGAUGUCUGUCACCCUGGCAGGUGGUGAGAUCAGGUGGGGGCUCCCUGCUGCCCCCAGGCCAGGAGCUUGAAGCUCUCCCCGCACCCCAGCACCCCGCCCUACAGGGCCCGCUUCCCUCUUGCCGAGGCACACAUGAUGGCAGGCAGUGGCCGUGUCAGAGAGAAUGAGGACACGCUUUCACCCUGCUGCGGGAAACCAGGAGGGCCCAGGGCCAGCGCAUUGUGCACUGGUUUACUUUAAAAUGUACAGAUUCUUCUCGUUAAAUCCAUGAUAGAUUUUUUAUUAUUAUUAAAAGUCAGUUUAUAAUACAAA